GAUAGCCUCAGUUAUACCACGACAAAGUGUCAAACUGUCACCGUCAAUCUUAGCUGCCCCGUCAGUUACCAUACCCGAUUCCACCCAACCACCCACGGGCAGCGCCACAUCAUCACGUCCCGUUUCCUCCCGACCAUAUACCAUCAUUCACCCUCGCGGCGCGCUGGACAUUCUUGCGACGACCCCGACCUGACAUGACACGAGGAGGAUACGGCCAGCACCAUGUCGGACUCGGAUUUUGAACAGAUCAAGAAGCUCCAGCAGGAGCGCAAUGCUGCUGCCGCCGCCAAGAGCGGUUCGCGCAGCUUUGAUCCUGCCAACCAACGAUCCGACAACAGCACCAAAGCCAAGCUGGGAGAAAUAUGGGACACCGAUCUGUAUGAACGCAACAGCGGCGACAAGUUUGCGGGCUACCACACCACCCUGCCUGCUGCCGAUGGCGACGACGAAGAGAUGGAAGAUGCCGACUCCGGCCGUCGCCUAGUAGGACAGUACACCGCCACCCGAGCUCAGAUCGAUGAGUUUGCACGCGGCGAUGGCGUCGAGGAGGACGAUCCCCUGGCUGGCCGGGGCGAAAAGAGCAACCGCAUCACCGACAGGGAGACCGACUACCAGAAGCGCCGAUUUGACCGCGUUCUGACCCCUACACGAGCCGACCCAUUUGCUGCCAACCGCCAAGCAGGUGCCACUGAGGAAGGCGAAAGUUACCGGGAAAUCAUGGAACGCCGCGAGCUUGAGCGAGAGGAAGAGCGCGUACGGCGCGCCAUUGAACAGAAGAUGAAGGAGGGCGGUCCGGUCGAGGAGCACCAGCCUACCCUUCAGGAUUCCGGUAACAAGGAGAACGAGGAGGCUGGCUCUACUGAAGCUGCGGCUGGUCGGAAGCGCAAGAAGAGAUGGGAUGUCGCCUCUACAGAUGAUGCCACCCCGGCACCAGAGCCCAAGAAGAGGUCUAGGUGGGAUCAAGCACCAUCUGUUCCCGCUCCAGGGGCGCCAGGGGCGGAGCCCAAGAAGCGAUCCCGCUGGGACCAGGCGCCUUCUGCCACUCCUGUUGGUAACGUCGGCCUAGCUACCCCGAUGCACCCUACCCAGACUGCCGUCGUGCCCCCAGCUUUCGGCGCUGAUGCGGCCGGUCGCUACGCACCACUCAGCGACGAAGAGCUGGACGCGAUGCUUCCAGGCCCCGAACAAGGUUACAAGAUUCUUGAUCCGCCACCAGGGUAUGCCCCCGUGCGAGCACCGGCACACAAGCUGAUGCAGGCUCCGGCCCCAACAACGGGCUUCAUGAUGCAGGACCCCGACAGCGGACGGAUGACAGGCCAGCAGGUGCCAAAGGAGAUUCCCGGUGUGGGAGACCUGCAAUUUUUCAAGCCCGAAGAUAUGGCAUACUUCGGCAAGCUCACCGACGGAGCAGAUGAGGAAAGCUUGAGUGUUGAAGAGCUCAAGGAGAGAAAGAUUAUGAGGCUCUUGCUGAAGGUCAAGAACGGUACUCCUCCUAUGAGAAAGACUGCGCUCAGACAAUUGACAGAUAAUGCUCGCAACUUUGGUGCCGGCCCCCUCUUCAACCAAAUUCUUCCUCUGCUCAUGGAGAAAACAUUGGAGGACCAGGAACGCCAUCUUCUCGUCAAGGUUAUUGAUCGUAUCUUGUACAAGCUCGAUGACAUGGUUCGACCAUACGUUCACAAGAUUCUCGUCGUUAUCGAACCCCUUCUUAUCGAUCAGGACUACUAUGCCCGUGUUGAGGGUCGGGAAAUCAUUUCGAACCUCAGCAAGGCUGCUGGUCUUGCCACAAUGAUCAGUGUCAUGCGUCCAGAUAUUGAUCACGUCGAUGAAUAUGUCAGAAACACUACUGCCAGAGCCUUUGCCGUGGUUGCCUCGGCUCUGGGUAUCCCAGCUCUGCUCCCCUUCUUGCGAGCUGUGUGCCGAAGCAAAAAGUCGUGGCAGGCUCGUCACACAGGUGUCAAGAUUGUCCAGCAGAUUCCCAUCUUGAUGGGCUGCGCAGUCUUGCCCCAUCUCAAGCAGCUGGUUGACUGUAUCGGACCCAACCUGAACGAUGAACAGACCAAGGUCCGCACAGUGACCAGUUUGGCCAUCGCAGCUCUCGCCGAGGCAUCUAACCCCUACGGUAUCGAGAGCUUCGAUGAUAUUCUCAACCCCCUUUGGACCGGUGCCCGAAAGCAGCGAGGCAAGGGUCUGGCGGGUUUCCUCAAGGCUGUCGGUUAUAUUAUCCCGCUUAUGGAUGAAGACUAUGCCAACUAUUACACCAGUCAGAUUAUGGAGAUUCUGCUACGAGAGUUUGCCUCUCCCGAUGAAGAGAUGAAGAAGGUUGUGCUAAAGGUGAUUUCACAGUGCGCCGCCACCGAUGGAGUAACGGCUGGGUACCUAAAGGAGCAUGUGCUGGACGAGUUCUUCAAGAGCUUCUGGGUACGGCGUAUGGCUCUGGACAAGCGCAACUACCGACAGGUCGUUGAGACCACUGUCGACAUUGGCCAAAAGGUUGGUGUCAGCGAGAUUCUGGAAAGGAUCGUAGCCAACCUGAAGGACGAGAGCGAAGCCUAUCGUAAGAUGACGGUGGAGACGGUUGAAAAGAUUGUGGCCUCUCUCGGUGCUGCCGAUAUUGGCGAGCGUCUGGAAGAACGCCUUAUCGAUGGCAUUCUUCAUGCGUUCCAGGAACAGAGCGUGGAGGAUAUCGUUAUGCUUAACGGCUUCGGUUCGGUGGUUAACGCAUUAGGCACCCGAUGCAAGCCUUACCUUCCUCAGAUUGUCAGCACCAUUCUUUGGCGUCUCAACAACAAGUCAGCUACUGUACGACAGCAAGCAGCCGAUUUGAUCUCCCGCAUUGCCAUGGUCAUGAAGCAAUGCGGUGAGGAUGCCCUCAUGGGUAAGCUUGGUAUUGUUCUUUACGAGUAUCUUGGUGAGGAGUAUCCCGAGGUCCUUGGCUCCAUUCUUGGUGCUCUCCGCUCCAUUGUUACUGUCGUGGGCAUCAGCCAGAUGCAGCCCCCUAUCAAGGAUCUUCUGCCUCGCCUGACCCCUAUUCUUCGUAACCGACACGAGAAGGUACAAGAGAACACGAUUGAUCUCGUAGGUCGUAUUGCCGAUCGCGGUCCAGAGAGUGUCAACGCCCGCGAAUGGAUGCGAAUCUGCUUCGAGCUUCUCGACAUGCUCAAGGCUCACAAGAAGGGCAUCAGACGUGCUGCCAACAACACUUUCGGUUUCAUUGCCAAGGCCAUUGGUCCUCAGGAUGUCCUUGCAACCCUUCUGAAUAACCUCCGCGUUCAGGAGCGUCAGUCCCGUGUCAACACGGCCGUCGCCAUCGGUAUUGUUGCCGAGACAUGCGCGCCCUUCACCGUGUUGCCUGCGCUCAUGAACGAGUACCGCGUCCCCGAGCUCAACGUUCAGAACGGCGUGCUCAAGUCGCUCUCCUUCCUCUUCGAGUACAUCGGCGAAAUGGCCAAGGACUAUGUCUACGCUGUCACGCCACUCCUGGAGGACGCCCUCAUUGACCGUGACCAGGUGCACAGACAAACAGCCGCUAGUGUUGUCAAGCACAUUGCCCUUGGCGUUGUUGGUCUCGGUUGCGAGGAUGCCAUGGUUCACUUGCUCAACUUGCUGUAUCCCAACCUUUUCGAGACCAGCCCCCACGUUAUCGACCGCAUCGUCGAGGCUAUCGAGGCCAUCAGGAUGGCCGUUGGUCCGGGGCUGGUCCUCAACUACGUCUGGGCCGGUCUUUUCCACCCGGCGAGAAAGGUACGGACACCAUAUUGGCGUCUGUACAACGAUGCAUAUGUCCAGUGCGCGGACGCUAUGGUGCCGUAUUAUCCCAAUCUCAUCGAGGAGGGCAUCGACAGGACGGAGUUGGCGAUUAUGCUUUAGGCGAUGGGAAGCAGGUUAGUCUAGCAGGAGCAAACAGGUUUCUUGUUUAUAUGGUUCAGCUUCGUUAUGACGACGAGGGUGAACAACGCAACUUUUUAU